CCAGCUUUAGUGGGGAAGACGUCCGUGUAACUUUUUUGAGCCACUUUCUCAACGAGCUUGAAAGAAAAUUGAUCAUUGCUUUCAUAGACAACAACAUUGAGAGAGGCCAGUCGCUUGAUCCCCAACUUAAACAGGCGAUUAGGAAUUCUAGAAUCGCGGUGGUCGUGCUCUCCAAAAGGUAUGCCUCAUCAAGCUGGUGUCUUAAUGAAUUGCUGGAGAUCAUGCAAUGCAAGAUAGAGUGUGGCCAAGUGGUGAUACCGGUUUUUUACGGUUUGGAUCCUUCUCAUGUGAGGAAACAAACCGGUGACUUUGGAGAGAUCUUUGAGAAGACCUGCAUAGACAAACCAGAGGAACUGAAAAGUCAAUGGAAGCAGGCUUUGACUAACGUGGCUAAUAUCCUCGGAUAUCAUUCAGUGGCAUGGGGUAACGAAGCAAAAAUGAUUGAAGAAAUUGUCGACGAUGUUUUGGAUAAACUGCUAGUAACUACGUCUAAAGAUUCUGGGGAUUUUGUUGGUAUUGAAGAUCAUAUCGCUGAAAUGAGUAUGUUGUUACAGUUGAAAUCUAAGGAAGUGAGGAUGGUUGGUAUAUGGGGUUCCUCGGGGAUUGAUAGGUAUUUCAUAUCUAAGAAUAUGGAAAUUUAUAGCAAAGGCAACCCGGAUGAUUAUAACAUUAAGUUGCACUUGCAAGAAAGCUUACUCUCUAAAAUAUUAAAUAAAACGGGCAUAAAUGUAGAUCACUUAGGUGCAGUGAGGGAAAAGCUACAGCACCAGAAAGUUCUCAUAUUUAUUGAUGAUUUGGAUGAUCAAGUGGUGUUAGAUGCCAUGGUGGGUAAAACCGAUUGGUUUGGCUGUGGAAGCAGAAUCGUUGUGAUUACAAAAGAUAAGCAAUUUUUAAGAGCCCAUCAUAUUCAUUAUAUUUACGAAGUCAGUCUUCCAUCUGAAAAACAAGCUCUUCAGAUGUUCUGUCGAUAUGCUUUUGGAACAGACUCUCCUCCACUUGAUGGUUUUAUGGAGCUUGCUUCUGAAGUUGCAUUGCGUGCUGGUAAGCUUCCUUUGGGUCUUAAGGUUUUGGGUUCCAAUUUACGGGGUAGGAACAUAGACCAAUGGAUGGAAAUGAUGCCAAGGCUUCGAAACGAUUUGGAUGGAAAAAUUGAUCAAACUCUACGAGUUAGCUACGACGGGUUAAAUAACAGAAAAGAUCAAAAGUUAUUUCGUCACAUUGCAUGUCUAUUCAAUGGUGAAAAAGUGAAUGACAUCAAGCGACUACUAAAUGAUAGCGGCUUAGAUGUUAGCCACGGGUUAAGCAACCUUGUAGAUAAGUCUCUCGUACAUGUAAGAGAUGAAACUAUUGAGAUGCACCUUUUGCUACAAGAAAUGGGUAGGGAGAUCGUCCGUACACAAUCCAAGGAGCCUGGAGAACGAGAGUUCCUUAUGGAUUCACGAGAUAUAUGCAAUGUACUUAAUAAUAGCACUGGUACUGAAGAAGUUUUAGGUAUAGCGUUGGAAAUAGAUGAAAAUGAUGAACUGAAAAUACACGAGAGUGCUUUCAAACAGAUGCGUCGUCUUCUUUUCCUAAAAUUUCACACUAAGCAUAAGAAAGAAAUAAGAUGGCACUUACCAGAUGACUUCGACUAUUUGCCCUCUACGCUCAGAUUACUGAGUUGGGAAAAAUACCCACUAAGUUGUAUGCCUCUUAAGUUUUCUCCAAAGAACCUUGUUAAACUCCAAAUGCAGGAGAGCAAACUCGAGAACUUGUGGGAAGGUGUUCAUUCACUUUAUGGGCUCAAGGAAAUAGAUUUGCAGAGAUCUAAGAGUCUAACAGUAAUCCCAGAUCUUUCGAUGGCCACCAAUCUCGAGACACUUGAUCUCUGUGAUUGCUCGAGUUUGAUGGAGCUUCCUAUCUCUAUUCAGAAUCUCAAUAAGCUGGAGAAGUUGGUUAUGUCAGGUUGCAGUAAUCUAAAGACUCUUCCAGCUACAAUCAACCUCCAAUCUCUUCAUAGACUUGAGCUCAAAGGAUGCUCACAGUUGACAACUUUUCCUGACAUCUCAACAAACAUCGCAGAGCUCAUUCUAUGUGAAACAGCAAUUGACGAAUUCCCCUCUAACGUUCGUCUAGAGAAACUUCAUCUUCUUAGCAUGAAUUCAAUGAAGAGUGAGAAAUUAUGGGAGAGAGAGCAGCCGCUUACACUCCUCAUGAAUAUGGUUUCUCCCACUUUGGAGAUGUUGUUUCUGUCGGAUAUCCCAAGUUUGGUUGAGCUUCCUUCUUCAAUUCAGAAUCUCCACAAACUAAUGUAUUUGCAAAUAACAAAUUGCAUAAAUUUGGAGACUCUUCCAACAAACAUUAACUUUGAAGAUCUUGGUGCCAUUGAUCUUAGUGGAUGCUCGCGGUUGAAGAGUUUUCCUAAUAUGUCAACCAAUAUCUCGUUUCUCUAUCUACGACGCACAUCAAUUGAAGAGGUUCCUUGGUGGAUUGAGAACUUCUCUAAGCUCAGAUACCUGCGCAUGAAUGGAUGCAACAAACUAAAACGUGUAUCCAUGCACAUUUCUAAACUUAAAUAUCUUGACCGGGUUGACUUCUCAGACUGUGGGGCAUUAGUUGAGGCUAGCUUGAAUGGUUUUCCAAGAACGUUGGCAAUGGCAAGAGACGAUAUAUACUCCUCUAGUCCAUAUAAUAUCCGAACAGUCAAUUUGGAUUUUUUCAACUGCUUCAAGUUGGAUCAAGAUUCUCUUAUUCGAAAACAAUCAGUUUUCUGCAAAUCGUUGAUGUUGUCAGGUGAAGAAGUGCCUUCAUAUUUCACUCACCGCACUACUGGAACCUCUGAUCUGGCCAUUCGUGUACUUCACAACUCUGACUCUCAGCCACUUUUAAAAUUUAAAGUGUGCGUUGUGGUGGACUGUAAAUCUACUCCCAUGGAUUCUGAUACAUUCAGCAUCCAAGUAGGUUGUCGGUUCAAAGACAGACUCGGUAACCACUUUGACACUGCUAAUCAGCCAUUCUAUAUCCGAGACUUGAAGUUGGGUAGUCAACUGGUUAUAUUUGAGUGCUUUUUCAUUCUAACUGAAGACAAUGCUCCUCUAGCAGAACUUAAAUAUGGUGACUCCCCAUUAAAUGCUUCUUUACAGCUUCGAACAAGUCAGGUCUACACUGACUUCAAAUCACAAGGAUGGGAUGUAGAAGGACCUCCCCAACACACAGUCCAGUUUGAAUUAAAAGGAUGGGGUAUACAAGGAACACGCCAAAAUGAGGUCAUGUCGUCUUCGUGUGCACAAGAGAGGUCUCGGUCGUCGUCUGACCAUACCGCAAAGUCGUAUUCACACCAUGUCAACGAUAUAAAAGAGUGUAAACGGAAGUGGGAGGAGCUGAUGAGUCAAUCUGGUGUAACAGAAAAUACACACACCAACAAAAGAAAAAGGCACAUACAAGACCCGAUCCGGCAAAAGAUCAUUGAAAUGCUAAUGAAAAAGAUGACGGACCGAGAUGACUCGUCAUCUUCCAACGACUUGUCCCGGGAUGAGAUCAACCGAAUGAUCCUUAAAGAAACUCUACUCCUCCGUCCUUUCGGGUUAGGAAGAAGUCCUCCUAACUUUGAUGGGGCUUCUUCUUCUACAUUUCAUCGGGAGCCUGAGCUCCUUGAAGAGAUCGAGAAAUUGAACAAGCAGCUCAAGGAGAAAGACUCUCGGUUCAAGCAAUUAGAGAAGCAGAACUCUGAGACACGCCAGGAGCUUUCAUCGAUAAAGGAUUUCAUGCAGAAGCAAUUCCCUAGUUCUUUUCCGCCAUCAUGA